AUGAUGUUCAGGGUCCAUAGUUAUGGUCUUGCUAGAAUUUCAUCAUUGUGCCAGACUACCAACAUCGGGCGUUUCUAUAGCAAGAAUACCUCGAGAAGACUGAAAUCGGAUACCAAUUCCUCAAUUGAAGAAAAUUUGAGGGUUCUGUUCGAUCCAGACAGGCCAAGAGAUGCUUCAGUUAGGUCAUUUAAGAUCCUACUAAAGCUGUCAGCCGAAAGCAAGUUAGUUAUUGAGAAAUACCCUCGGUACGAGAAGUUGUUGAAGACCCUCUCUACACAAAAAGUCAAGUCGCAAGCAAGCAUGAGUACUAUUGCUCGAAAGCUAUAUACGUUAGCUGUUCAAAGAAGAAUAUCUGACGAGGAUAUCUAUUCUGCCCUCUUAAAGGUGUUGGAUGAAGAUAUCAUCAAUGUUUUGAUACCAAAAGUUCCUCCUACAGGCACUACUACAUCUACCAAUAAGACAAGAAAACCUGUAUUCGACAUUGGACUACAUCCUGAAAAUACUGAUUACUUGGACGUGAUAUUAGAACAGUUAGAGAAAAACACAGUCAACACAAACGAUUUAUACCAGAUUAUAAGCAAUAUUAUAGAAGAGUCAAAUGAAAGGGAAGGACUGCAACCAAAUGAGAAAGGAAACACGAAGGAUAUCAAUCUCAAUUCACUGAAAAAUUACUUACAUGAGAUAGACAUUCAAAAUACACAUAAAAAUCUGUUCUUGACGGAGCAGAAGAAAACAUACGAUUGGAAUCGUCCAAAAGAACCGCUGCACUUCUCAGGUGGAAAUAUACUAUUUGACUCAGUCGCUAAAACUAACGUGAAACUUCCAAUAUCAAAGCUCCAGAAUAAAGCUAUAGAUAUUAUAUUCAACUUACCACCUCGGUUUGGGAAGAAUAAACGGAAAUGCCUGCUAUUCAAUUUGAAAGAUCAAAAGAGCUCCAUUGAAAAAUUAGAGCUUAACGACCGGUCGUUAGAUAUAGUUUUCCAAGGUCAUCUAGGAAUAAUUAAUGCUUCUCAGAUACAACCAGAAUAUGUCAAACAAGUGAUCAAUGAUGUGGAAAAGAAAGGCUGGAAUGCUGCUGGAUUUGUUAAAAACAACCCAGAGAUGAUCAUUUUUUUCCAUCAAAUGAAAACCAAUCUAGUUUUAAAUUGA